UUAUGCAUUGAAACAUGGCCACUAUGUUGUAGCAACGUGGGAUUCGUUCUAAUAAUUUGGAAAAUUAAUUUUGUUUGGACUUUUUAUCCAAGAAAGGAUUGUCCAAGAUGGGGAAGACACAGAAGAAAAAAGGCCUUGCUGACAAAGUGCAGAAGACCAAGACUGCCACGGAGAUAAAGAACAACCCCUUUGAGGUGAAGAUAAAUAGGAAGAAGUUUGACGUUCUAGGAAGAAAGACAAAGCACGAUGUCGGCCUGCCUGGUGUUUCCCGUUCCAAAGCCAUAAAAAAGCGUAAAGAGACCCUGCUGAAAGAAUACAAACUGAAGAACAAGGCCAAUAAAAUUAUUGACAGACGGUUUGGAGAAUAUGAUACAAAAAUGGCCCCAGAAGAAAAAAUACUAAAGAGGUUUGCCUUGGAGAGACAGCGCAUUCAUGACAAGAAGGAUAUCUAUAACCUGAACGAAGAGGAGGAAUUAACCCAUUACGGCCAGUCCUUGGCAGACAUUGAGAAGCUGAAUGAUGUGGUUGAGAGUGACAGUGACACGGAAGAAAAGGGUCUUUUGUCAGCGGAGCUCACUGCAUCCCACUUUGGAGGAGGAGGGGGCCUGCUGAGGAAAAAGUCUCCACACGAGCAAAACAAUGAUGACGGCACUCAUAAGCCCAAGACCCGCCAGGAACUCAUUGAAGAGAUGAUCGUCAAGUCAAAGCUGGAGAAGCGAGAGCGACAGACGCAGAGAGAGGAAGCACAGGAAUUGACAGAAAAACUCGACAAUGACUGGAAAUCCAUUCAGAGCCUGCUGGUUCACAGGACUCCAAAGUCUGAGCUCAAGGAAGCAGAUGAGAAGCCCAAGCCUGAUGAGUAUGACAUGAUUGUACGGGAGCUGGGCUUUGAGAUGAAAGCUCAACCGUCUGAGAGGAUGAAGACUGAGGAGGAACUAGCCAAGGAAGAGAAGGAACGUCUCCAGAAACUGGAGGCCGACAGGUUGCGCCGAAUGCAGGGGGACAUUGAAGAGGACAGCACGAAGAAGGUCUCUCAUCUCUCUGCAGAUGAUCUGAAUGAUGGCUUCAUAUUGGAUAAAGAGGACCGCCGUACACUCUCAUACCAGGAUGGGAAGUGGAACAUCGAGGCGGAUGAGGAGGGUGAGGAAUCUGGGAAAGAUGAAGAAGAUCUAGGAGGAGAGGAGGAAGAGGAUGGAGAGGAAGGUGGGGAGAGUGCAGAUGAAGAGGAGGAGGAAUCUGAGGAGGAUGCAGAAAGUGGUGAUGAGGGCAGUCACUCUGACUUGGACUCAGAGCAGGACAGCAACCAGGAGGAAGAUGAAAAGGAGAAGACAGAUAAAGAGGAGGCCUUUCCCGUAGUACAGAAGACCCUGACCGAGGAGGAGAGAAUAGCACAGCAGGAGGCCGCAAAAGCUGAGCUCCCAUAUACAUUUGCAGCUCCUGAAAGCUAUAGUGAUUUGCUGUCUUUAAUCCAGGGGCAUUCACCUGAGAAGCAGUGCAUUAUUGUUGGGAGGAUUCAGAAGUGCAAUCACCCAAGUCUUGCAUCAGGAAAUAAAUUCAAACUUCAAAAAUUAUUCGGCUUCCUACUCGAAUAUGUUGGUGAACUGGCAACCAGAACUCCCGCUGACCUGCUAACAGUGAACAAGCUUGUUCCGCAGCUGUAUGGCCUGUGCCAGAUGUUCCCUGAAGCCGCCUGUACUUCGAUGCAGUCAAUUCUGUGUGACAGUGCACAUGACAUGGAGGAAGCAAUAGAACUUAAAGGACGUUCUCCUUUUCCAGGUCUUGACAUGCUGAUUUAUCUGAAGAUUGCAUCCCUUUUGUUCCCUGCUUCGGACUUCAGACACCCUGUGGUCACUCCUGCUAUGGUUUACAUCAGUCAAUCACUUACAAAGUGUCCAGUUACUACGUUGGAGGACGUGACUACAGGACUUGUGCUUUGUUCCCUCACAAUAGAAUAUGUAUCGCUAUCCCAGAGAUUUGUACCAGAACUCAUCAACUUCCUUUUGGGGAUUCUGCAUUUAGCAGUCCCUGAUAAAACAUCAUUAGGGUACGCUGUGGUGCCUCCGUUCAAGGCAAAAGGGAAGAGCUCUGACCUGCUGGUGGUGAAGAAUGAAAAGGUGGCUGAAGUUUGGAAGAUAAAGCAACAGCCACUCUCUGCUGUUCAGGGGCUGAAGUUUAAGGACAGUUUGGAGAUUGACCAUUUCAAAUUCUCCUCAUUGGCUACUUGUUUAGACCUUGUGAAAAGGUGCACAUCACUGUAUAAAUCAUUACCUUCCUUCAGCAAAGUCUUCCAGCCAAUCGGAACUCUCCUUAUGAAACAUCUUCCUGUAGAAAACUAUCCUUCCCACUUACGGGCACUUCAUCAAGACAUUCUGGAAGCAAUAAACAGCACUCCAACAUCACAUGUGCCGCUAGUGUUGGAAAAAAAGAAGCCUGUUCCUCUGAAAUUGUACACGCCGAAAAUCGUGGAAGUCCUGGACUACGGAAAGAAGCGUGGAUGCACAAAACAGGAGAGGGAGCGAGAGAGGCUGAAGCACAAGUACAAGAAGGAGUUCAAGGGAGCGCUUCGGGAGAUCCGCAAGGACACCAGGUUCUUGGCCAGGGAGAAGCUGUCUGAAGUUAUGGCCAGGGACUCGGAGAGGAAGAGGAAGGUGAAAGAGCUGUUUGGCAGCCUGGCAACACAGGAGGGAGAGUGGAAAGCUUUGAAGAGACGGAAGAACAAGAGCUGAGGUCCUGCUAAGAUUCACUGCCCUUUAACAUGUCUCCGGCACACAUUGGGGUUGUCCCGUUAAUCUCAUCGUGUGCAUACCACAGGAGUUUGGGAUCAAAUCCUCUCUUAGCCUGCAAAAAAAGCUGUUGUCUUUGUUUAAUGGUUUCUUGUCCAUCUGUUUUUGAUUUCAGUUAUGUUCAUUAUGUAUUUGUGAGCUGUGUAACCCCCCUCAGAAAACAAACCAAUUUCAUGUCCCGUUUUUCUGUUGAUGGUACUGCAUUACAGCAGUUGAUCUUGUGUGUUCAAGAGUCUUGGUGCGUUUCUUUUUAUGAUGGACUGGGUUAAAACAUGAACUUUAGUAAAGUGCAUUUUACAGUGUUU